AUGAAAAAUGAAGAAUAUGAUCUCCAACUUUUAAGCUUUUUUGGGAUCAAGUACAGGCAGACAUACACUGUAAGGGUGAAAGAGAUUUUCUUCACUUUGCCUUCAGCUCCUAACAUUCUAAUUUUUUGUGAUGGAGCAUCCAAGGGCAACCAGGGAGCUGCAGGUUAUGGAUUCAUUGCAAGAACUCACUUGGGUGCAUUCUUAACAGGUGUGUCAGGUGGCAUUGGAGUGGCUACAAAUUUUCUGGGAGAAGUUUUGGCUGUGGUGUGUGCAGGGGAGUGGGCCAUACAAAAUAAUCACUUGCAGGUAUGCUUCAAGACUGACUCACAUGCUGCAGUCCUAGCAAUACAGAGUAAUAAAUUGCCAUGGCCUGUUGUCACAAGGUGGAACAGAGUAUGUGAUAAGCUACAAGGACAUGAUAUUAUGCACAAUUACAGGGAGGUCAACUUUAAUGCUGAAAAAUUGGCAAAGGAGGGGAGUGGGAUUGCCAAAAACACUGUCAAAAUUUACAAUUUCUGA